AUGCCACCCAAGCGCAAAAGAUGCUUCCAAUGCUCUCGUCGCCGCAUUGUGUGCGACAAAUCUGAGCCAUCGUGUGGCAAGUGCAUCAAGAAAGGUAUUGAGUGCUCCGGAGUCAAUCGCAUACGCUUCACCGAGGCGGUCGCAAGACGGGGGAAACUUAAAGAUUGCAAGAUCCCGGACGCGAGUGGAACUGAAUCAAUCUGCCUGCCCACUACAACAACGUUUCCAGCAGUGCGAUGGAAGAGCGAGAAAAGGCAAGGAACGGAGAGAGCAAAGAAACAGAAGCAACGCGCGCAGAGCGAAGCUGCGGAUUUGCAGGAUUCUUCCCGAUGCUGCGAUGGACUCGAUGGUCUUUCGCCUGGUUCGCUGGUAGCUACAAAGAAUUUGCCGCAGAUUUCAGCAGGACCAGACGAGAGUUCAGAGGCUCAUGACGACGUGGAAGAGAUUGUGCGAUUUGAAGAUGGUGUGCUGCGGCAGUGUCCCGUCUAUGUUGGUGUACAACCCUGGCUCGCACCUCUGAGCAGCGAAGCGCGCAUGCUGUUCUCGCAUUUCUCCGAAGCCAUCGCACCAGUGAUGGUGAUUGUCGAUACUGCGGCGAACGGCUAUCGCGAAAUCAUCUUACCCAUGGCUCUCGAAGACGAAGUCUUGCGUCGAGCCGUUGGUGUAGUCGCCGCUCAGCAUCUCAGCCGCGAGAGACCCGACAUGCAGCAGGCUGCUGAAGCUGGCCGCGCUGCAAUCAUUUCUCGUCUACGCAAAGAUGCGUCAUCUGCCACACCGGAGCAGGUUUUCAACAAGUUCACUUGGGCAACGUUGGUAGUUCUGCUAGUUGGCGAGACGGUCACGGGCAGUGCAGACUACAGCUUUCUGGUACAGAUGCUGUUGUGUUUGUCGACAAGUCGCAGGGCUGAAUACCAAAGGUCACCAGUCACUAGGUUCCUCCAGACCUCAACAAAUCUGUUCGAACUACUCGGCCUGCCUCUGCUUGGGGAACAUCAUGGCAUGUUGGCGCUGCAGAGAUUUUCCCACUGGGAAGACUGGCUCACAUGCGAGCAGUUUCCUGAGGGAUCUGAAAGUCAGCGUAUCCUCGACGAGAUAUGCCUUUGCUUUGCCGCCGCGUCCGACAUCUACACCCGGCGAGCUACAAGUGAGGAGGCGGAGUCUUCGAGGCUGGCAAUACUUCAUCCACACACUUUCGACGAUCUCAAUCUCAAAAAUCUCAUGGAAAGGAUUUCUCUGAUACCGCCAUGUUCUCCUGGGGCGCAUGCCCUCGUCUGGCCAUGCUUUGUCGCGGGCGCAGAAACAGCUGAUCCCGGCCAGAGAGCCUUCUUUGUCGAGUACAUGAAUAGUAUUUACGCCCGCACUAAAUUUCGCAACAUUCCAACAGCUGUGCGAAGCUUGGAAAAUAUUUGGGCAAGGAAAGGAGGCAAGAGAUGGACUCAGUGCUUGCCUGAACUUUCGAACGUAUUAGUAAUGUGA